AUGAUACAACCAUCCCCACCUAACAACGACAUUCAUGACUCUAUCACUGUUAAUUCUCAACCUAGUAGGAUUAACAAACAAAAAAGUCAAAAUCAAUCCCCUGCUAUCCCUCAUUCCUCACUCUCAAGUUUUAGUCCUGUUGAAAGACCUCAACAACCAGUAACCCAAGAAGAAAUAACUGAAUUUAAAAAGAAACCAAGAAAGUUAAGAGACGAGUCAGAAAGAGUUAAGUGGCAGUCAAACGCAGAAUUUAUUAAAGAUGUUUUGACUAAAGGACGUACAAAGGCAGGUGAAACAAAACCACGAAAGAUUGUCCCAUUUCAGAUUGAAAAGAAACUUGAUGAGAUUGUCAAAAACAUUAGAAGAGAUCUACAAGGAAUACAAAGAACUUCAGUAAAAAUGUGUUGA